UCAAACGACAGCAAUACUUCCUGGGAUCAUUUAAAAGUCUCCUUCUGUUUCCUAAGGCUUUCCAGCGCCUUCAGUGACGUGGUGGCAGGACACCAUCCUACUAGACAAUAGCAGUUACGUCGUCAGUAGCAGCGGACCCCCAGAAACAGUGAAUGACCUGACAUUGGGUCCACUCACCAGGGAGUUGGUCAGCCAGCCUUUCAUCUGUAGGUCGGACAACAAUCCGCUGUUGGCCCCUCUCGACCGAACGGUACACAUCAAAAUACACAUGGCUCCGCAAAAAGUCACAUUACCGGACUCUGCCACAGUGAGAGCUGGGCUGGAAGAGAGGCUGGAGUGUAGAGCCGAGGGAGCUUACCCAGAGGCCAACAUCACUUGGUACCUCGAUGGCAGACCGCUGGAUUUCACGUCGAAAGAGACGCGACAAAUAGGCAGCGACACGGUUUCGUGGGUUCGAUUCGUGGCCAGCCCCAAAAUCAACAGGGCCACCCUCACCUGUACUGGGUCGUCCCACACCCUCCCAGACCCCCCAGUUUCUACCAGCGUGACUCUGAAUGUAACAC